GAAUGGUAAAUUCAAAAAUUAUCAAGCGCGCGCUCUGUCAUCGAGUUUUAAAAUCAAUUUGCGCACAAUCUACUGCGCAGAAAUUCUCAUUUAUACGAGCAUGUAAAUUAAAGGUUAGAAAAUAAUUCAAAGGCCCUUUAAUUAUAAAUAUAAAUAUAUAAAACAGUGUCCUCAUAUUAUAUAUACACAUUAAUCAUAAGUAAAUAGAUGAUAAAAUAAAAUAAUUAUUUAAUAAACAAAAAUCAUGGGGUCUUUUAUAAAAAUGCGCUCCGGAUUUAAUGCCCUGAGUAAUUUAUUGAAGCCCAGACUCGAGGUAAUGACGACAGUUCCAUAUCGUGAGCGAAACAGUAAAUUAAAUCCGAAGCCAAGGAAACGUCUCCCGCCCUGGCUGCCAAAGCAAACUCGAACACUCUACAGAGAUGACGUGACGUCAGAAAAUCAAUCGUUUGUCAAAGAAUUACUAGAAACUAAGUACGGAACUCCAGAUCCACUGAGCAAAUGCUACUCGCCUUUGAAAGUCGCUCCCAUUGAACCAACUGUCGAAUGGGUUCCUGGGUCUAGAAGAACUGGGACCAUUGCUCGUAAAAUAGGAAUCUAUCCCAUGUGGUUGAAGAAUGGCAAGAAAGUUCUCACAACUUUAUUACAUAUUUGUGACAACCACGUAAUCAAAUAUAUUCCCCCAGAAGAAUGGGAACCAGGUUUCAGGACCAGACACAUAAUUCCCAAAAGAAAAUUGGGAUGUUUGGUCGUCGGGGCCGAGAGCUCUGACCCCCAAUAUUUUACUAAACAAUACUGCGGAUUGUUCACCGAAGCUGGCGUGAUGCCGAAAAGAUUGCUGACGCGUUUUACUGUCAGUCCAAACGCGGCACUGCAGCCUGGAACUCCACUGCUGGCAACUCAUUACAGAGCUGGUGAUGUCGUUGACAUCAGAGGGAAAACAAUGGACCGCGGAUUUCAAGGGGUGAUGAAACGCUGGGGUUUUCACGGUAUGCCGGCGUCUCACGGUGUCACCAAAACCCAUCGGCGACCUGGUAAUAUUGGAUCCGGUGGUAAGAAGGCUCGAGUUAUGCCGGGUACUAAAUUACCUGGACAUAUGGGUAAUAGAUACCGUAUUUUCCGUGGUGUCAGAAUUCUGCGGGUUAAUUACAAGUACAACGUGAUGUGGGUACUGGGGCAAGCUUGUCCAGGAGAAACAGGCACCCUUGUGAACGUCUACGACACGGUGCUGCCUACGAGGUGGUCCAAGACACCUCCACACUUUCCCACUUACAUCCCCAAGGAGGGCGAAACUCUCCCCGAAGAAGCGUGGGCUGAAGAUGUCCAUCAAUUCGACUCGCCCACAAUUGAGUUCGAGCCGGAAAAAUAAAAUCUUUUAUACACUUUAUAGUUUUAAUAAAAAUUUAUGUAUUUAAAAAAAUUACAACCCAUUAAUUAUUACCCAGGUAAUUAAUAAUUAACCCGUAGGUGAUACAGGAU